ACGUCUGACGAAAAAAAAAUAUUGAAGCAAAAAUUUGUACAUCGACGAUGAGCAGCAGCGACUACUGUGUUGUAUUAUAGUGUGACAGCCAUACAGAGAAAAGCACCUUGCCCAAGAGUGAGUUCAAUUUUACGUAUUUUUGUGCAAUUAUAUAAGCAUAAUUUGAGCUGUGAAGUGUUGGUUAUUGAUCCGCAGUGAAUUUUGUGUAAAAAUUGCAACCCAGAAGACAACGGACCAAAAAAAAAAGUUACUCAAAGGAUCCAGCGAAUCAUUCGCCAUUGAAACUCGGUGGAAUGUCAAUGAACUUCCUGAUUGCCACAGUACCAUAACCCUCGUCUAAUAAACUCUAGCGGAGCAACCAUCCAUCGGUGGUACAUUUGAGGUUGUUUGAUCGUACCUGUAGUAGCUAGAGCCAGCCAUACGAGUAAAGAAACAGAAGGAGAAAAAAUCCAAAUCAACUCAACGCAAACCAGCGGUGCAACUUACGCGGAUUGUACAAGCUUAGUCGAAACCAGUUCUUGUAUUGAGCGACAGUUACAGCGCUAUAGGCAAAGAUGGCCACCGACACGGACGACCAGGGCUUCGAUGAAGCGUUGAAAAACUUUCAACUGUUGACGGGCCUUUCCCCAGCGCCAACUGUAACCGUCCCGGCUGGCAAUCCGUUCCAAAUCGGACCGACCGCGCUGGAAGCUUUCCGAGAUAACGAAGCCGUCGUGAAGCAAAUCUUCGGCACGCAUUGCGAGUGCGGUGCCGAAAGAAUGCUACCCACCACAUCCUCUUGCAACAGCUCCGCCGCCACCGUCGGAAAGCAUAAUCAGCCUCUCGGCAAACACAGCACUAGUCUAGAGCACGGUAUCAUCAAUCCAACUCCGUUCAAGCACAAGGUCAAGGGUGAGAAAAAGGCAAUCGUUCGAGAGUCGAUGCUAAAGAACAUUGGAAAAUGUGUCCACCAGAACUUGGUCAAGCAAAACAGUAUUGCCAAGGAGGCAGCCAAACAGCAGAACUCUCCCAACACGUUCCUCCCAGCCGCGGCACCCGCAUCACAGCUGAAGCCAUCACUUUCGGAGACUAAUCUCACCAAAUGUUUCAACAGCGACGAGAGCGGUGAUAUCCUGGACUUUAGGUUACUAGUUGCCCAGUGUAGUGAACUGACACUUUCUUCCUCGGCCAGUACCAGCAAGUCAUCGGACGGUCCAAACUACUCACAAAGCAGUUUCAAAUCUCUUCGCCAGCCCGACUUUGCCAGUUUCCAACUGAACCGAUCCACAGGCAGCAGCACGGCCAACUCGCGCCGGAACCGCCGAGCACGGCAGCUCAAGCGAUACAACAGUACCUCGUCGCUGGAAUCGGACAGCAGCAGCAAUAGUAGCGUUCCAUUCGGUAUUGGACCACUGGGAACCGCCGUCAGUUGUACGACGGGGCCUUCUACAAGUCAGAGCUCGCAGUGUCAGAAUCCACCGCAACAGCAAUCUCCCAGCGCGUCAUCCCCAUCUUCGUCGGCUUCGGCUUCCUGCUCCACACAAGCUCGACUCAACAAUGUAAUGCCCUGCGAUAUCACCAUCGACGAAAUGGCCAGCUACUUCGAAACGCUGGUGCAUAUUCCGAAGAAGAUGUCCAGCAUGGCCGAAAUGAUGUACAUUUAAAAAGUGAUCGUUGAGGAUAGAAUGCCAAGUGGUUUUAUAUUCUUCUGGCUGAUAUCAAUAUUAAACACAUACACGCGUAAAAAUAAUACCUACAUACACACAAAACAGGGUGAGAUUUGGAAAACGUUCUUCACUGAGAAGGAAUGCGAUCCGUCGGGCUGUGCUCAUUUAUUUUUGAAUAUUUGUUUAAGAUUUUAGUCUGCUACCUAUUUUAUUUUCGCAAAGUUAGCUAAAACAAACUGAGCAACCAAUUGCGGAUUGCAUUCGAAUAGGAUAGUUUGCAUCUCGGAUUUAGUGUAUACUUAUAUCACGAUGUUUAUUGGAAAACUACUAAGCUACCUAUAAUCGGAUUCUGUUUUCAUUAAUUUUAUAUUUGAAGCAGGAUCCGGGUUUCAGGGCCCGGAUGAAGCUAGAAUUAUUUAUAAAUAAUACCCUAAACUACCUACUAACGUGUGGUGAUCUGCAGAAACGGGGAAUUACUUGCUUGCCGAUGAACAUAUUGCUGAAGCAAGGAGAAUCAUAAAUGUGUGAACUAGCAACUAAAAACGCCGUUACCAACUUUUUUCCGCCACAUCUAAAUCAAUGUUCAUUGUAAAUGUUGCUGUUCGAAACUAACCGAAACCCUAAGAGCUCGCGUGCAGUACCUACCUUUAUUAGUGGAUUGGGGCUUGCACUAGAAUAGACUGUGCUGUGUUUAGUUUUUAAAACUUUCUGUUCAUUACACUUUGAGUCUAAGUUUUCAUUUGUAGUGUGCUUACAAUAAA